AUGGGAAUCUUGGAAAGUAUUGAGAGAGAGGAGGCAGCAGAUUUGAUUCAAAGAUAUGGUGGAAAAGUUACCCAAUCAGUGAGCAAGAAAAAGAGUCAAGUUGUUGUGGGACAGGAUCCUGGGAAGAGUAAACUUUCCAAGGUACAUUGUAAUGCACAGCUCAAAAGAGGAAAAAAAAGAGCUGUGAACAUAAACAGCUGCACCUUUUCCCUAAAUUUUUAUAACAAAUCAAGGUGCAGCUUACUGCAAAAACACCUUGGAAACUUGCCACAAAUUUGCAUAAAUUAACAUGAUUCGUUGACAUUUGUAAGUCUGUAUAGCAAACUAACAAGAACCGAAAAAUUUACCAUGGUAGAAAUUUAUCAUUUUCUUUUUGUUGUUGGCUUCUAAAAGAGCAUAAACUUAUACUGGAGUUCGUUAAAUGUUUCUUUGUUAAGAGACCUUUAACUGGUUUAAGGUCCUAUUUCCUUCCUCGAAUAGCUUAACAUUAGUGACCCUCCACGGGAAAACGGACACGAACACUUUUCCGUUUAAGCUGCAAAACCGUUUACUAUCCGUUUAUAUCCGUUUAAACGGUUCAUGAAAGCGUUUAAGCGGUUUGCUCAUCCGUUUAAAAAAAUUUGCAUCCGUUUAACGCUUUAGCUAAAACGUUUAAGCGGUUUGCUCAUCCGUUUAAAAAAAUUUGCAUCCGUUUAACGCUUUUGCCAAAACGUUUAAGCGGUUUGCUCAUCCGUUUAAAAAAAUUUGCAUCCGUUUAAAAAAAUUUGCAUCCGUUCAACGCUCUAGCAGAAACAUUUAAACGGUUUGCUUACCCGUUUAAAAAAAAAAAGCUAUCCGUUUAAAGUUCCAUGGAAAGCUUUGGACUGUUUGCCUAUCAUUCUGUUAUAGGCAGUUCGAAGUAUCAAUCUUACGUUCGCUCGAUACUCGCCGGUUCUUGAAAUACAGAAAGACCGUAUCUUAUUUUGGUUUUAUCUUUUGCGUGAUCAUAGUAAGCGAGUUUCCGUCGCAUCCUUUGACAAACAAGUUAAGUUGAAAUAUCCGUUUGUAAAAACCAAGAGCACUUGGCAAGAAACCUGUGGUUUCUUUGUUGUUGUUGUUUUUGUUGUUGGUUUUUUUUUGUGCAAUUGAUCACAUAAUUUGUUAAUCCUCAUUUCCCUUCUUCCAUCUGCUUAAUUUACAGUGUCACUCAGUUUGUCUGUCUGUCUGUCUGUCUAUCUGUCUGUCUGUCUGUCUGUCUGUCUGCUCUUUUGUGUAUGUUCAUUCUUCCAAUGACUGUCUUUCUAUCUGUCACUUAUUCUCCUUGUUCUCCUCUGUCCAGUCACCCACACAUCAGUUUUACCACUACUCUAAAUUCCACCUUUAGGUUCAUCUGUUGGAUCAUUUUACUGUACUUCCACCUGUAGACUUGUUUGUGUUACUUAAAUUGAGUUACAAGAAAGUACAGUUUUUUUUUUACAGUUUGCUUUAUUUUUUUAAUCUACAUAAGAUUUUGACAGUAAAGGUAAUUUUUUUUUGUGCAGAAGAACCAAGUCUGUUAUGGGUAGACAAAUAUCAGCCUUGGGCAGUGAAGCAGAUUAUUGGUCAGCAAGGUGAUAAGAGCAACAUGAGAAAGCUGAUGAACUGGCUGAGAGACUGGGAAAAGAAUAGAAAGAAACCAGUCUCUAAAUGUGAGUACACAUUGAUUGUCAAGAUGCUUUUCCAUCAAAUACAUGUACAUGUAACUUCUCUUCAGGCAAGUAUGCAAACAGUUCAGGCAAACUGUCAGAGAAAGCAGAUGAAAAAGUUUGGGUUGUAACCAGAUAGGGGGACCUUUCUAGGGGGGGAGGGGGGGUAGCAAUUCUCCUAGUCACUAGAUGCUACUGAAAUUAAGUAAGCAUAGGCAAGGUUAGACCUGUGGCUCUUGUGCUGACUUUACCUCUAACCCUUUAUCUCACAUGAGUGACCAAGACAGGAUUUCUCCUUACAAUAUCAAUACAAUAUCAAUCAGACAAGUAAUGAGAAUAUAGAAAAAUAUCAAUCUGGGGAUAAUUAGUUGAUCCAAUACCAAAUUAUCCAAAUCAUAAAAAUUUUAUGGCAGACACUAAGAAGUACUAGUGAGCUGUUUGAAGUAAAAGGGUUCAGUGGAUGAACCUAACCUUAAUCUACAGAUAUUUUACAUAAGACCUUAAAUUUAGUUGUAAUGCAAAUGUCGUCUAGCUGUUGGCUAAAUACCUUUCACAUUGAAUCCAGAUUGUUUCUUAAUUCUCACAUUCAUAGAUACAAUUUUUUAAACAGCUGUAACUUAUGAACUUUUGUGAAUUUAUUUUACUCGACAGUCACUUAUACAUGUAGUUAGUAUGUUAGUAAUGGAAUCACAGUUUUAAACCUUUUUAUUUUGGACAGCUUUCUUUUACAACAAAGACCAAGAUGGGUCGUCCUUUAUGGCAGCUCUUCUGUCCGGUUCCCUAG